GCAUCAAUGCCGCUACCCAAGGUGAUGGAAUGUGAGAUUGCCAUUGAUGGAGGAGUUUCCAAGCAGUAUGUCUUAAGAUUAUUUUGCUAUGAUAGCUCCUUCUUAAUAUAGAAAACAUUUUCUCUUAAAAGGGUUGAUGGUAUCAUAUUCUCCACAAAGUUUCAGGUAGAAAGAUCAGAUCUGUUUUGAUCUCCAUCCAUUCUCUCCACUCGCUAAGAGGACUAAAAGAAUUUUUCAAAUUCAAAGAUGUCUUCAACUCUUUCAAACUUUCAGAGAUGGGCAGCUAAAGCAAAUAUACUCUUUCCAUUUCCAACUCAUAAAGAAACAAUCCCUUCAAGGGUUCACGUUUGCCUUUGUCAAUCACCUUUUAAUUAGACUAUAAUGAUGUGAUUUCUCUGUCUUACCAUUGCCUAAAUAAACCCAACCAACCACUUCACGAAAACCGAAAGAAAAUUUUGGUUUCUUCUUGUACACAAUCAGUUAUGAAGCUAAACUUGCUAGUUAGAUGGCUUUUAUUGAUCCUCUGCUCACAAGCAUUUUUGAGUUUGGCCCAUGAAAUCAAUAAUCCUACCCUCACAGAUGCAGGUUCUGAUCUAUUGGAACAGCUUGGAGGAGAGAAGCAACCACUUGGUUCAAAUGUGACGAUUGGGUUAAAUGAAGAUCAUGAGAAGAGUAGAUAUGAGGAAGUGAAAAUCUUCAGUUUGAGUGGCCUUAGAGGGAGCUCGAGGGGGACUGGUGGUUAUGGUGGCAGCGGUGGGAACAUUAAUCUACGGCCUGCUAAGACUUACUGGAAAAGUGAUGCAUCCACUCUCUUGGCAAAGCCUUCUUCAAUCAUCUCAGUUAAUCUGGUGCAAGUCAGCAUUAUAUUAUUACUAGUUUUUUUCCACAUCUUAGUUUGAAUUUCUGUUUGAUUGCUUCAUCAAUGUUUUAAGUAUGGAAUAAAUAAAGAUUGAACCCUUCUAUUAUGAAAUGCAGGACUACUUAUAACAAAAGUUUGGAACACAGUUUCAAUUUUCUGUUUUGAUUACUUCAUCAAUGUUGAUCCAGAAAGGAUAAAAUGUGAUCAAACUUAGCAGAACAGAUCAAGAUAGCUUGCCUUGCUUUUAAGCUCUUUCUCAUUGAUACUUUGUUUACUGUCCUUUUGGUUAUGUAAUGCUUCUGUAAAUUUUCUGGGUUUUGAUAGUUUUCAAUCGGA